CAACGCUGGAGAAGCAGAUUGAUUGGGGGAUAUUUCCUGCUCAAAUAAUUCCUAGAAAAUUGACUAACUAGUAUUAAGAGUGGAAUAGAUCGGAACUCAGCAAAGACCCAGAUGUUCCUGUUGAGAGCAACCGCUAAUAAUUACGCUUUAAAAACGAUUUCUGUGCUUGUCAUUUGAAAGAUCAGGAGAUCAAGCCCAUUUUAGGAGGACUUGGAGCUGGUCCUCCCCUCGAGGAAGCAGUGGCUUAUUUCGGGAAGCCAUCUCACCUUUGAUCUGAGAAUUUAUUCAGCAUGUCUAAUCGAGGAGAAGACUGCUAUUUUUUUUUCUACUCCACCUGUACCAAAGGUGACAUGUGUCCAUUCCGUCACUGUGAAGCCACGCUGGGAAAUGAAACUGUUUGCCCAUUAUGGCAAGAAGGACGCUGUUUUCAGCCCCUGUGGAGGUAUCGGCACAUGAGGAUUGAUAAAAAAAGCAGUGAAAUUUCGCGUUACUGGGAAAAUCAGCCAGGGGGAUGUCAAAAACUAAACUGUGCUUUCCACCACGACAGAGGUCCCUAUGUCGGUGGCCUGUUCCUGCCUCCAAGCAAAACUAUGGUGCCCUCUGCGCUCCAGUCACCGGAAGAAGGAAUAGUCGACCAGCUAGCAGCUCAACUGAGCAAACUCUCUGUCCAGUCUGGCCCCUCCCCUCCGCUGCGGAGUGUUCCGGGUGUGAAAGGAGGAAGUUACCAACAUUUUCCUUGCCCCAAACAUCCACAGGUUACAAUCAAUGCUGCAGAUGAUGAUGAUGAUGAUGAUGAUGAUGAUGAUGAUGAUGAUGAUGAUGACGAUGAUGAAGAUGAAGAUGAUUAUGAUGAAGAAGAUGAUGAUGACGACCAGUCUUCUAAGGAGCGUAAAGAAAUCAAAACAUCUUCUUUACUGUCAACUCCUGAAGUCCAGACUGCAUUACAGGUGGCUUCUCCACAGAAACCAAAGGUCGAUUCACAACAGGAAGUUUCUUCAGGAGUUUCCAGUCUUCUACUCCAACCUCAGCUCACUCCAGGUCCUGAAAAAGAGUGUGUCCAGACUGUGGUGAAGACGGUAGUUUUGUCAAGCAAAGAAGAACCUUUGGUUAGACUGAGUCUUUCUGACAGACUGGGGAAACGAAAACUUUCAGCUGAUGGUGACUGUGAUCCCCCGUUAAAACGGAGCCUGGCAGAGCGGCUAGGAAAGAAAAUCGAAGCUCCAGAAACAAAUAUUAACAAAGCACCAAAGAAAGCGCAGAUUUCCAAGUCUCUGAAGGAGCGAUUAGGCAUACCAACUAGGCCAAGCAAUGAUAAAGCAACAGUGAGAGGGAAUAAAGUCAGUGAGAUCCAUGUGAAGACAUUAGAAGAAAUUCUUCUUGAAAGAGCCAGUCAAAAACGUGGAGAGUUGCAAACUAAACUCAAGAGACCCUGUCCUUCAAAAGCUGAUGAUUCUACAUCAAAAAUCAGACGCUCCUCCACCAUCCAAAUCAAAACCUUCACGGAAAUCCUGGCUGAAAAAAAAAAUCAGCAGCAGAAAACAGAGAGACAAAAAAGUGAAAAGGACCUUACUUGCAUCAAAAUAAAGACUGGUAGGGCUGGAGAUUUAGCUCAGUGGGUGCACCACCUGCCUUGCAAGCCCAAGGUCCCGAGAUCAAUCCCCGGUCCCCCCAAAAUAAAAAAUAAAAUAAAGACUGAUAGUGACAUUAAAAAAACAGUCAUUUUGGCACCUGUCACUGUUAGCAAAGGACAAUCAGAGGGGCCUGCAGGUAUGAGAAAAUCUCUGCAGGAGGUGCACAUUAAGACACUGGAGGAAAUCAAGCUGGAAAAGGCACUGAGAAUGAAGCAGAACACUGAGAGGAGCACCAGCUCCCAGCCCCAACCCGAGGCCACCCCAGGAAAAUGGGUGCUGCUCCAGGUCCUCAAAAGACCAGGUAUGAAAGAAGAGAAGCUUCAGGAAGGAGGUGCAAUUGCUUCUCAGAGCAGAGUUACUUGAACAAAGGCUAAUGAGAGUUCAGAUGAGACCAUAGGAGUUGAUACCACACUUCCAGUCCAGAGAUGUGAGACCGUGAGAGAAAAUCAUAUGCAGAAACAGCGGGAGAGGGAAGCCUCCCAGAAGGAAAAAUCAGCCUUAAAACCCCUUCAGGGAGAUGCAGCCUCUCGCAAAACCCAUGUGGUGGAGAAACCUGCACUCACCACUGUGGCAGGUGUCACACGACUCCUUACCAGUCAGUUUCCAACCAAGUCAUGCCAGAAGAUGAAGGUAGAAACCUCAGAGACUGGAAACUCAAUAUUGAAUGUGAAUGUGAAUUGUGCAGCACAGUCUUCGGCAAAAAAGAGGAAAGCUAAACCCACAGUAAAUAUGAAGCCAUCUGAGGUUAAAGUUGUUUCAUCUCCCCAAUUGGCCCAAAAGCGCAAGGCCGUGGAGAUGGAUGCUGAUACUACAUCUGUGAAGCUGCUGAGCUCCACCAGUGCCCUGCAGGCAAGCCCAGCCAAAAAAGCAGCUGUGGCUGUUGCUCCGCUCCUCUCUGAGGACACCAAAUCAGGCACUGUGCCUGAGACAGAAAAACCUAGAGACAGUUUUGUGCUGCCUCCAAGCCGGUCUUCUCCAGACCUGUCAUCCUUAGAAGUAUCUGGCCCUUCCUCAUCCCAAAUGGCUACAGAA